AACAAACAACGUUGUCCAUGCCUCUUUCUCUCAAAACUCUGCAUUUUGGAUUCAACACAGAACGAAUAAGAAAUGGAAAACAGAACGCGCCUUAGAGUUCAAAAUAAGAAACCAAUUAAGCGCAGCGGAAGAAAACCGUUGGUGAAAAAGUUUUUUGAUUAUCUCAAAUCUGAUACUUUUAUGUACGCUCCUCUUGUCUCUCCUCAACCCUCUGUUUUACCCUCACCCAACGCCUUCAAAGUGGUGGAACUGAAAAGACCUAUAAAAGAGAAGCAUUGGUUUGGGGAGUAUCUCAAAUCUCAUGGGUAUAUGUAUGAUCCGUUGCUUGAGCUUCCAUUUUCACCUCAAGAACCUUUGGAGGACUGUGUAACAAUAAGGAAGGAUGUUUCAACUGGAAAGUCAACUAUGAAUGUCAACAACAAAGAAACUAAUCAUUUAGGAAAUGUGAACCGAAGGUCUGAAAGCCAUGUUCCUCAAACGCAUCUCUCAGAUCACCGUACUCCGGGACACAAGGAAACUAUGAAGCAUACCGUAUACCAAAGUUGUCGCUCAACUUCAACUUCAAGAAAUGUGACCCUCAAGUCACCGCUGAGAGCUCAUACUUGAUGGAAUCUUUUUAAUAUAAAUAGAAACAUAGAAGAUAAUAACCUAUAUGGGGUGUUGUUUUAGGUGUUUGGUGUUCAUAUGAUGAAUGUAUUUAGAAUUUGACUAGUUAUAGUCUUUGUCUUUUGGUAGAACAUACUAAUGCCAAAUUUGUAUUAGCUUAUUUUGAUAUGCUUUACAUGUAACGUAUAAGUUGUUUCAAUGUAUAGUUUGGAUGUAUAGUUAAAGGACAUGGAAUUCAUCUUUUUCAUCUGAUAAGAGAUAUUUGGUUGGUUUUUUGUAA